AUGACAUCUACACAGCAAUAUGUCUUGAUUUCGAUCAAAGGAGACGGUUUAUUCAAAGCCAUCGGCGUAUAUCAAAACGAACAAGAUGCUUAUGCAGCGGCAACUGUGUGUCAGAUGCAAUCAAUAGAGAAAUUUUCAGCGAAAUGGUCCAAAUCAAUGCUAGCCGAUAAACAAGAGAGCAUCAUGGAAUUUUGUCGAUGCAUCAAGGAAGAUUUCAAAUCAUACAAAGAGAGAUUUGCAUAUAUGACAUUGCAAUGUAGCCAAAUCUUUCCAAACUUGGAGUAUGAUCAGCACCAAGUGUUACCCGUAGAAGCCAAUAAUAAUAUACCAUCACAAUUCAUCAGCGAGUCCAUCUUCAAAACCAAAGUGCGCAAUUUCAUGGACGUUUUACGAACAAGAUCCGAUGUCGAAGAAGAUUUGGGCAAUAGCGAAGACGAUGACGAGGAUGAUGAUGAUGAUGAUGAUGAAGAAGAGGAGGAGGGGGAGGAGGAGGAGGAAGACGAAGAAGAAGAGGAAGGCGACGGCGAGGAAGACAUUGAGGAUGAAGGUGAAGGCGAAGAGGACAUGGAAGAAGAGGACAUUGACCAAGAGAUUGAUGAAGAGGCAGAUGAAGGCGUUGAAGAGGAGGAAGAAGAAGAAGAUGAAGAUGAGCCAGUGACAAGCGAGACGGCCAUCCAAGAGCACAGUGAAGAGGAAGAGUCAGAAGAUCAAGAACGCCCAACGCUGAAAAGAGAUGCAUCCUCAUUAUUAGAAGACGGAGAUGCAGAAGAUGACGAGGAAGACGAAAUAGACGAAGACGAUGGUGAUGAAGACGAAUUGGCAGAUGACGACGAUGAAUCAGUCAAGCGAAGACGAGUGGUGGCAUGA